CAAACAAGCCGAUAUAUUUAAUUUGUCCGUUGCGCACUCCUCAAAACGCUCACGAGAGCGGCCGCUUCGCCGUUCAUUCGUUCAUUCUAGGCUCUCUUUUUCUUCACUUCACUCACACCCUUCAUUCCAGCGUGAACGUUCGGUCGCGAAGGACUGAAGCGCCCACUCCCGUCGGCGCAGCUCAAAGUUCACGUGCUUCCUUCCGCAGCGGCGUUUACGUUUUCCCGCAAUUCCGAAUCGCCGAUAGAUAAAUAAUCUUUCCAUUGGAGAAAGAUGCGUCUCGCCGUCGGUUUGCUAACUUUCUUGUGCUGCUUCGGCGGAAUCGUGUGCGGAAGUUGCAGAGAGGCGAAACUCUGCUGUACGGGAAGGGACUCUUCCUGUGUGGUACAGAAGGCGCCCGUUAACGCUAUUCUGGAGGACUUGAGCGACAAGCCGUGCUAUUGUGAUCACGCUUGCUUGAAAUUGGGCGAUUGUUGUCCGGACUUCAAGGAUGCCUGCGGAGUGGUCGAUUGUCAAGUGACUUCGUGGGGACAUUGGACGGCUUGCGACACGGACUGCGGACCGGGAACAAUGUCGCGAACGAGGUCGAUAAAGGUACAUCCUCAAAACGGCGGAAGACAUUGCCCGAGCUUGGAACAAAAAAGGGGAUGCCAAGUUUCCAAUUGUCACCACCAUCCGGAUCCGGCCAUCAAAGAAAUCGCCAUGCUAUUACCGGGAGCGUUAUCGCACAGCAGAUCAGUAAAUAAUACCAGUGAUAUCAGGAAAAAUCUUCGCGUCAGAGAUCCCGCCGAGAAUCCGCAAUACGAUCCGGAAAAAACAUACUGCGUAGAAUUCGAAGUUCUUAAGGCAUCGAAGGCCUGCAGAAAGGAAGAAAGUUAUAAAUUACUCAAAGAAGGGGAAAAGGUGUGUGUUCGUUGCGAAUCGGAAGCCCUACACGAGGACCUCGAAUGGAGAUGCCAAGGCCACGGUGUCGAAGGCCACAUCACGCGAUGGUCGGCCCUGUCGGCGCCCCAUUGUCACGGAAAAUGGUUGAGAGUUCAGGCGGAGCCCGACAAGAACUGCUCGGCGAAGAGUUGCGUCAAAGAGGCCGCCUUUAUUUUCGUUUAAGCGGCUUUUAAAUUCAGUUCGUACCCGACUGUACACUUCGUGUCAAAAUUUUUUAUUGAUUUGUAGCCUUCAGUUUGGUAUGAUUGUAACAAUUUUUCUACCAGUACAUAUUAUUAUAACGGUUGGUACGAAUAUGUUUUCUUAAAGUUAG